AUGGCCCCUUGCGUACCAAAGAGCUUUACUGCGGGACAGAAUCCCCUCGUAGUCUUCGAAGGCGCUCUCGAGAUCAAUAACAUUACCCCGCCAAAAGGCCGUUCCUUCCUUUUCCGAGUGACAUUCCAUGUCAACCAUCCCCGCCUCAAGGCCAUCGCCGCAACCGGCAAGAAGCCUCCCCUUCACUUUCACCCUUACCAGGCCGAGUUCUUCCAAGUCAUCUCGGGCAAGGUGACGAUCGAGGUGGAAGGGGCCGAGCGCGUGCUCUCCGCCGAGAGCGGCGAAGUCUGCAUCGAGCCGGGCCCUUACCAUAGACUCUGGCCGACCCCCGGCUCCGAGGAGAACUUGAUCUUCGACCUCAGCGCUAGCGAUGCCCCCGGCGUGUCGUUGAUUGUCGACCAAUGCUUUUUCGAGAAUUGGUACGGGUAUCAGAAUGAUGUCCUGAUGCACGAGGGGAAGAUUGAUAUUAUUCAGGUUAUGAAUAUGUUCGAUGCCGGCGACUCCUACCUCGCGUUAUUCCCGAGAUGGUUCCCAUUUGGCCAAACCCUCGCUCAGUUUUUGGGCAUCGCUAUCGGACGCUGGUUCGGGAGCCUCCUGGGCUACAAACCGUUCCAUCCCGAGUGGACCACCGAUUGGCCCGGCGCGUGCGACAAGAUGGAGAAGUCCAUUUUCUACAGACGCUUCGCAGAUAGGAGGGCGCAGGAUGUUGCUCGAAAGCGGUUUGAUAAUUCAUCGAGUUCCAGUAAGAGUGAUUGAUUGAUUGGUCGGAGGUUCUGGGACUUGUCACUUGUUUUGCUUUUUUUUUUUUUUGGGCUCGGGGAUUGUGCUUUGAGUUUGGGUUUUUCUCGAAUGAUUGGUUGCUUGUAUGGGAAAAGGUGGACUGGUGUCUUUUGAAUUUUUUCUUUUCUUUUUUUAUUUUCCUCUUAUAUAUUUUUUUUUUUUUAAAUUUACUUUUUUGG